CGCCGGCAGGAAAUGGCCAGAAGGGCUGGCCUUGGAGAUGAGCACAGGCUAGAGGGAGCUGCCCCCCAGGAGCCUGGCAUAGGAUGCAGGGCUGCCUUUCUCUCCCACACCCUGCCCCACAUCAGGAACCCCAUGGGGGAUGGAGCGGCACCAGGAGAUAGCAGGGGGCUGCUCCCUGCCAGUCAGGGAGUGGCCAGUAUAAGAUCUGCCUGUGAUUUGUCCUCGAUCCUGCAGUGUCAAAGACAAGUCCAAACGGGAGGUCGGCUGUGGAGAUGGGGAAGAUGAAUGGAGAGUAGCCCCUUCCUCCCUCUCCCUAAUUGUUUUUGUGAUGGGAAGAGGUGGGGGGGGGGAGGCUGUGAGAGGGGGCAUUUCUCAAGUGGACGUUGUGCCCCCAGUAAGGUUUCAGUGAAAGCAGAAGAUGAACAGAAAGAAGCUUCACUGUGCAGGCAGGAAUCUGCUCUCGGAGCUUGACGGGUCGUCCUCCUUCUCCAUCCCAGCCUCCCCUGCCUCUGAACCUCCUCUUCUCUUCCAUUCCUGGGUCCUCGUGCUUAGCAGAGUUCGCACUUGGCUGCAGGACCUCGUCCUUUCGCAUCCUCCACUGUCCCCACGUUGCUUUACUCAUUCCUGAUAACCGGCCUUAACACCUCUUAGCACUCGACGGACGUUGCCUCAUUGGAGCCUUAACUGUGCCGUGGUAUGACGCGCAGCACCCCACAGCUCCAGUUGGAGAGCCGGUCCUGUAGCCUAAUUGACCCGGGGGUUUUGAGCCCACACUCAGCACUGGUGACCGUGCCAGGGAGCCAGUGGGAGUCUGAGAGUCUCAUUUGAUGGUGGGGGCUCGGUUUUCUCGAGUCUGCAGGGGGUCGGCAGGUCGUGGGAGUAGCAUCGAGUUCUCUCUGGUCUCUUUCUACCGUUUUCAAAAGAAAGUUCAGCGCCCACUAUCCCUGGUGGGCCCCAGCCCCGUCUGUGUUGCUGGGGUCACUUCCCUCCGUGAGGUGGGGCACGGCUUUCUAUCCAGGUCUUCUGAUUUGAAUGCCAGUUCCCUUUUCAUUACGCCCUCCUCACUCCAUGCCCGCGUGCGUGCACCUGUUUUCAUAUUAGAUGAUCAGGCCACAAGGGAAUAUAAACCAGGCUUCCUCUGACUCCUCAGGCACUCGUGGGUGACUGCCUAUUUUCCCUGUGUUGUUUUUGGAUAAUAAAGUGAAUCGUUUGUUUUCUGAACUAAUGAAAAUGGGCCGUGCUUGGUGCUGCCACGUCAGGGUGGUCCUUGGGAAGCAGACAAAGCAAGAGCUGAACCGGAGCCCCUCUGAGGAUGAGCCACGUCCUGCAGAAGAAAACCAAGGAAACACACAGGUUACAACAGAAACUCUGCCUAAACCUACUGAAGAAGGACAAGGUAUGAAGGUCAAUGGGACUAAGAUGAUUAGUAAUGCAGAACCCAGGAAUGACAAAGUGAGUAAAAGUCUCCCACCUGGGUGCAUCGACUGCCCAGAUGUAGACAAAAUCACGACCAGUGGUGAGGUUUCAGAAACCAACACCCUGGUGUCCCUAGAGCCUUUAACCUCUGUGGAGCCUGGAUUGACAAAAGCGCCUUUGACAGAAAAAGAAUGUGAAAUGUCCAGUGCUUGUCCUCUUCGGCCACCACCACCAGAGGACGGUGCCAGCCUCCCACCAUACAGUGGAGAGGUACUGUCCAAAUUGAGCCUUGACCAUGAAGCCAUUGACAAUCACCAACACAACUGUGGCUGGGACAUUGAAAGCCCUUCUAAGACCAGCAUUCUCCAGGUGAAGAGUGAAGAAGGGGUUCUUCCUUUGGAAGCAGACCCCCAAAGGUCAUAUUUCCCAUUGAGUUUACCCUGUGAAGGGCCUGGAAGAAUCUCCCUUAAAAAAUGUGGCUCAGGAGAUCACCUGCAGAAGAUGAAAACACCCCUCUGGACUGGAGAGGUCCCAAGGGAAGAAGGCUCAGCUUCUAGACUAGAAGAGGAGGAAGGAGUUCAGAGUGUCAGGAGCACAAGUAGAGAAGAACUUCCUGUGGAUGCCGAGUCAGGAGGAGAAGAGAGCAGCACACCUCCUUUGGGACAUGCCCUGCGUGACUGCUGCAGACACAGCCCCAGUCGGGGGGCUCUGAGAAGUGUCCAGCAAGAGAACUCUGUUUCUCCUUCAGAAAGAGAUCCUAUGAAAGGCCCUCCAGAAAUUCAAGAAAAUUUCAAAGAACACAAAAGCAAGAGGGUAACUUGCCCUCAUGAUACACACCAAGAUGAAGACUCCAUAGAAGAAAAUGACUCCUCAGUGGGGCAGACUGAGCCAAGUGUCGUCAGCAAGAACGUUGACAGUCAGAAUCCUGGUUCUUUGGUCAGCAGCACUGAGAAAAAAGACCCCGCCGCUUGUUCUGUGCCAGACCAACCACCCAAGCCUGUAAAUCAAGUCUCAGGGGUCAGUAGUGAUCCUCCUCAGCUGCAGACAGACCAGCCUGAGACAAAAGAAACUAUAGGAAUCUUAAGUACGCAUGUUAUUCCAUUUGUAGAUGGCCAGAGCAUUGCUUCUCAUGGGCGGAAUGAACUUGAGUCCAGUGAAGACAACGGGAAGCUUUUAUGUGUCUUAUCUGCAAAGAGAUCCUUUGAUGUUUGUGAGGACGAGGAAGCAACAGCCCCCCAGGAGGUGUCUCUGGGUGGUGAUGCAGAAGACCUCAGUAAGGGAAUAAGUGAGGCAUGCUCUGUGUUGGAAGAUGGAGACAAGGUCAUUGUCAAUCAGCAGACCCUUCUGACCCGAAUGAGCAAUGUGAAGGAUGCCUUCUGCCCAGGUGCCACCACCUGCGCUGCCUCUUCCCAGAAUCAUAACGUCUGUGCUAAAGCAGUAAACCUCAAAAGGGUGCCAAACAACAUAGUUAGAGGGAAGCCGGCAGCAGUGUCAAGCCUUGAGAAAGACGUGGCUGAGCGUGAAAGUGCUCAAUCUUGGGGCUGUCACAGCUGCCACCAUAGAGCUGAGAACGCCUCAGAAGGGGAUGUGACCUAUAAGUCCACUGCAGUCUCCCCAGAAGCAAAGAAUCAGUUGGUAUCAACCUCUGAAGAGACACGGGUGCCCAGUGAUCUCUGUCCAGGAGCAGAAGGUUACCUGCUAGGAAGCAUCCUCAGUGGGAGACAUUCCUCAGGGGAAAACAAACUUCCUCCAGAAGAAACUGAAGGUCAUUUUAAGGAAGGCGAGAUCGGGAAUGAAGUGGCUUCAUGUUCAGUACUCAGCAGAGCCUUAAACAAAAGCACACUUGCCUUGAACCAUGUUAAGCCUGGAAAUUUCACAGCAAGAUCAGCUGAAAAGGGAGGCUUAGAGGAAAAUAAACCAGGAACAUACAGUAAGGAGAGUUCAUUACCUUGUGAAUCCCAUCCCUCUGAACAUACGGCUUUAGAAAGCAGGCUCUUCUCAAACAUUUCUAGUCCUAAAGAACUGAAGGACCUGUGUCUUAACACAGAGCACUCAGGUGUUAGGGUUACAAACCAGGCCAGUGGGACACAUCAAGGCCUUAAUUGCCAGAGUGACCUUAACAGUCCAGUUGAAUGCGGGAGUGAAAGUGAGUCAUCCUCGAGCAAACAUUGCAGCAUGGAGAAUGAAGAUGUGGCAAAACCUAACAAAGGGUCAAGCUUUGGUCACCAAGAAGCCUUGAGCAAUGUCCAGCCAUCUUGUGGUCUUCCAAAGAAAACUAUUUUUAAAGGCUCCCUUGGUAAUGAAGAAUCUGAUGUGUGCAGAGCAGACCCAGCUCAUCCUAGUAAUAACCUUGGAGAAAAUGUCUUGGAAAUGAAAGAAUCUGAUUCAACUGAUAGUGACAGAAGGCUUCAGCCAGAUGGGCCUUUGAGGAAUGACCAGCCUCAGAGAGAAGUCCAUGUUCCAUUGGAAGGACUGACUGGCCAGGACUCUAUUUUACCAUGUGCUUCCGAUUCCUUUAACGUGAGAUCUCUGAAAACCGUGUCAUCUUGUAAAGGGACACCAUCUGGUAAACAGAGAGAUGGCAACCUUUGUAAUGCAGUGAGCUGGGAGAGUAAGAAGCUAUGCCAAGCCCUGGGAGAUGGGGAGGUGCACGUGCCAGUGGGUUCCUCAGCCCCUGGAGUGGGAUGUGUUACCCGUCAUGAGCCAGAUAUGAAGUUGUCAGGUUCCAUCAGUGUGUUGCUAGAGAGUAUUCAUCCUGGGAAAGUUGUUGAAGGAAUGGUUCCAGGGGAGACACAAGGGACAACUGGGGGGCUAAGACCACAAAUGAAUUCUGUGUUUGAUGAAGAUUCCUUAGAAGUUUAUUCCAAAGGGCCUCUGUUAAGAUCUGCUGAGACAACGCCUUUGUCUAGCUCUUCCCAAGAAAAUUUAGCCCCUGGUUCUGAUGGUCCCUUGGGUGAAAAAGCUGAAACAAAACAACUUCCUGAGCCAGUAGGUGUCAAAGUGCUCCCCACAUUGAAGAGCAAGGUGAAGAAGAGACCACCUGGAAGAACAGGAACAUUCCAGCCAAAGCUGGUCUCCAGGGUGACACCUUCAUCUUUUGAACUGAAUCCAGAAAAUGAAAGGGCCAGAAGAGAGACUGAAGAACAGCAAGGAACAGGAAAUGAUUUAGAAGUCAGAGAGGAAGCUGCAGGGGAAACUUGGAGAAAGGCUAGUGGUGAUAAGAGUCCAGAUGCUUAUAGGCCUUGUUUUAAACGAAAGAGGAUGUGUGGGGAUACUGAAGCGCAGAAAGCCCAAAUUGUCCGGGGCUGCGAGGAUCUUAAAGGCGGGCGAGAGAGCACGCAGCUAAAGGAAAGAGGAACCUUUUCCCAGCAGGAAGCAUCACGGAAUGCCAGGCCUUUUAUCGGGCCAACAGUGGGCUCAUCAUCACAAGAUUUGGCAAGUCCAAGCCGCCUUAAGGGGUGUGAACAGAAGCAGAGGUCUUCAAAGGAUAUGACAGGAGCAAAGGGGACCAGGGAGGAGCCUCUUCCUCCAUCUCUAAAGAGGGAUCAUUCAGGGGCAGGGAGACAAGCUCUUCAUUUAUGUCCCAACAGCGAGUCGUCUUUAGGACAUGAUCUCCCUGUUUCCACCACGAAACCCCAAGGUAGCAGUGGUACUAGAUGUGAAAACAACGAUAUCUUUGCAAUGAGCCCAUAUCAAAGAAAAUCCCUCCCACCCUUAAAGAAAGGGCUCAACAUCACUUAUGAGCCCAUCAAGACUGGAAGAAAGAUGAAUGAUGUCCAAAGGUGGAGCCUGCUAAAGAAUGUGGUGGGAACCAUCUCCAUCAAAGAACACAGAGUCCUCGGCCAGUCUUCCGCUGCCCUGCCGUCCUCUGCUGCAGUAGCCAAGCACACGCUCAAGUCAAAAGCCACAAGACGCCUUCUGCUGAAGAGCGCGAGACUUCAGGAACCUACCAAAGAGUCAGCCUUGCUAAACAAGUUGUCUGUUCUGGCCGGGAAACUGCUGGCUGUGUCCACAGCCGCCCAAGAGUUAGGAUCUCAGCCUUGCUCAGCCCAACUUCUUCCGCUGGCUGAGACCUACAGACGGCUCAGGUUGAAAAAGCUCCAGGAUGAAUCUCCCGACAAUAUGAUGCAGCUAAACCUGUGCACAGGUGAUUAUGGGUGCAACAAGACACUUGACAGGCAGACGGCACUUUAUCCCCUUGAAGCCCUCAGAGUUGGCUUCUUAGACUUGAUGAACAGAAUGCCAUCCUUGCAAUUCAAUACCCAAAUCUUCCCAAUAUCCUUUCACAUAAGCCUGGACUCAGAGCUCACCCCUGAUUCCCCAAGGAUUUUUUCUGAGCACUGCUCCCCUCCUGAGAGUGCCCCAGGAGGAGGGGGUCCCGUGCACCCGCACCCACCUCAGUCUCCAAAGUGGACCUUUUCCUUCCUUGUGUCCCAGGGUUCUGCAGGGACAGCCACAUUCAGGGAAGAGGCUGGGCUCAGUUGUGAGCUGCUCUCGCCCGGGCAAGCUCCUGGAAGCAAUGCUCUCGUGAAGGUCAGAGCCGGUUGCUCUGUCCUUGGCCUUCCCACUGUUUUAGCACUUUCUUCCCCUGGAUGUUAUAGGAUCUGGACGAGAAGAAGGAGCUUAUCCAGUCAUUUGCCUACCAUCCAGAGGCUCUUCAUGACUCAGUUUACACAGGGCUUCAAAGGGUUAAGGCUUCCAGCAUCUCUGUCCAACAGUCUCUUCCCUUCUCUGCCCCACUCAGUGGGCAGGGCACUGUCCAUAUGGAGCCAGCAUGGUCCUUCUGCCUGCCCCUUCGAAAUCACUGCUCUCCAUCCCAAACACAGCAAGUGGCCGCCAACUCUGGGCAUCAGGAACAGCCAUGCCAUCUUACCACAUGUGCCUCUGUUGGGCAUGGAAACCACCACUGAUAGGACCAGAGACAGUCCAGUUAGGCCGGGACCUCCAUUCUCUGCUUUGGCACCAAAGUCCUGCUUAGCCUUUGAACCAGUGGUUAGUGUGCUCCGGCUUUCAGCUUCUGACUUGCAGAUUCCUGCUUUUAAAGAGCUUCGGAGAGUCCCCCCUGUAUGCUCCAGUCAGCACAGUGGUGCCACCCAGAAGGAGAUUGAGCCAGAGAAACGGCCCAAAAAAGUCUCACAGAUUCGAAUCCGGAAAACCAUCCCUAGGCCGGACCCCAACCUCACCCCGAUGGGACUGCCUCGACCCAAAAGGCUGAAAAAGAAGGAAUUCAGUUUGGAAGAAAUAUACACCAAUAAAAAUUACAAGUCCCCUCCUACAUCCAGGUGUUUAGAGACCAUAUUUGAAGAGCCCAAAGAGAGAAAUGGGGCACUUAUCUCAGUCAGCCAGCAGAAGAGAAAGCGGGUGCUGGAGUUCCAGGAUUUUACUGUUCCCCGGAAGAGGAGGAAUCGUGGUAAGAUCAAGGUGACAGGCAGCUUUACCAGGGCAAAAAAGGCUGCCCUGCAAAGCCAAGAGCUAGAUGCCCUUUUGAUUCAGAAACUAAUGGACCUGGAGGCCUUCCUUGCCAAGGAGGGAGAAGAGGAACCGGCGUCAGGCUGCUGAGAAGUCGACUGUGGAGGAACUGGGGGGCCUUGUUGGUCUUUUCCCUGGGACCUCCUUUGCAAGGAUCUCUUGGCUUUUCCUGGUCAUUCAAACCACUCAACCUGCAUGAGGGAUCCCUGGUUAACAAGCUCUGUAGAGGUGCAGACAGCUCUGUUCUGCUGCUGAGUGUAGGGCCCCAGGAAGGCCUGCCUGCCUGCCCCCUCCUCAGCCUGGAACACCUUCCCUGAUAACACUAGGAUUCCCAGGACUCACCCACCUCAUUUUGCACGUCCCUGUGGACUUUCUCCAUUGUUUACAGCGGUGCUAGUCGCAGAAGCUAAACCACCUUGUUCUUGGGAUCCCACAACUCACUGGAGGAGUUGGGGAAAGGUUCGUCCUGAUUUUGUUCUUAAAUCCUGGGAAUGAGUCUGCUUCAAAUUGGGUUCUCUGUGUGUGUGGCCCGGCCUGCCCUUCCUCUAAGCCCCUGGUCCUACCCCAGCCCCUAGCCCUGCCCCACCCCACCUACUGGUGGCCCUUGGUCACUGGCACCAGAGGAGCCCAACAAGGCACCAUUCCAAAUCAGUUGCACUUUUCAAUGUUGUGGUGUUUCCUCUUUUUAUUAUUAUUGUUGUCGUUAUUAUUAUUAUUAUUAUUAUUGCUGCAUGUUGGGAGCCUUUAAAUGUGAUUUUUGUUUUAUUUUUAUUUUUUAACAUGUGGAGGAGAGAGGCAAUUAGCUGUUUUAAGCAAAGACUAUUCAGUAUGUAAUGUGUCUCUGACCAGUCUCUCACAGGGCAGCGGGAAGCCAUAUCCCCUCCCUCCCUUGAAGCCACUCCUUCCUUCAGCUCAGAAGGAGGGUCUCUGCUGUGUUGGCAGGGCCUGCUGGCUCUCACCCUCCAUGUGAGUGGACUUAGGGUCAACAAGCAGGUUUUUCUCCGGGUCGCUUUUAAUAUACUAGGAUCAGGUGGGUUUUUCCUGUUUUCAUGGCCAAAACAUUGACAGUGGAUGAUGGAGGUCUUGACCCUUGGGGUCGGGUGGGUUCAGAGGCUUACUGCCUAAGUCUGCCCCAAGGGAGAGGAGAGGACACUCCAUCCUUUCUCACUAGAAGCUGCCUCAGGGAAGCCAGCCCUGCUGGCGCUCUGGGUCACUGUGUUUGGGAAAUGUACUUGAAGCUUUGUGGUGGGAGAGGGACUGGGAUGAUCACUAGCUCUUGGUUCAUCCUUGGAGCCUUCUGCGCUGUUGGGUCACAGAGAUGCUGUCCUCAUGCGGUGAGCCUUCCCCCACUUAAUCCACUCGGGCCUCCUCCUUCCCGUUCCCCUCUGCAUUCCUCUUCCUGGGAAACAGGUGAGGAGGGCUGGGCGUCCGGGCUCCCCCCUCCCCCGUCCCCUGGGGUCCUAGCAUCUCUUCCCAUCCCUACAGCUUACUCUGCUGGGGUGCCUCCAGACCUGCACCUGAGCAGCCUCCAGAGGGCACAUGAGACUCACCUGUUGGGGUGACCUUGUUAGAGCAGGCUAGAGAGAAGCUAUACCUUUCUUCUACAUGCUGGCUGUCUGUGCCAGCUUGAGAGUGGGGGCCUUUUCCCUUGGAAGCUCCUGGCCUGAACACAGAGACCAUGGGCAUCUGCUACAGCCUAAUGGGACCAGACCCCCAGGUUGGAGCAGCUCAGUACCGUGCAUGGCUGCGCCACAGUCCCAGGCCUUCCCCUGGUGGACCAGCCCCAGAGACCUGUAUCCAUUGCCCUCUGUAUUGUCAGGACCUGCAUCUCCCCCGAUACCUCUGCCUCGGUUGGGGGUCCCGGGAUGCUAAGCUCCUCUGUCUAUGCACUACCUUUGAGGAGUAGUGGGUGCCCUGCACAGCCUCUUUUCAGGGAGCCCCCUACCUAGCUGUCUUGCUCCAGUCGGACCAUGUUGUCAGGUCCAUUGAUGGUGUCAGAAAUUUGGAAGCCAGGCGUGGCGGACCAGAAGCCACUGCGGCAGCAUCCUUGAUGAUGGAAUUGGAUGUCAUUUCAGCUUAAGCACGGCCAGGAGUGAGAACGGUGAGGGCCGGAUGAGCAGGGAUUACGGCUGGUGAGGCUCUGGCAACACUGUGGAGUGGGAAAGGAGCCAGGCAUCCACCGUGCUGUGCACCUGGGCAUCCCCGGUUGUUUCUUGGUCAUCUGCCCAGCUCUAAUGUCCAAAAGGCUUCUAGCUAAAGACCUUUGCCAUCCCUUCCAAGUCUCUGGUCAGGCUUCAGAUCACUCACAGGAAGUCGAUGGGUCUGGGAUGUGCUAGCAGCACUGUAGCUACCCCUUUCUUCAUGUCUACAGGCAUUUUCAGUGGCACCUCCAGCCCCUGGGGCCCAUGCUGCCCAUGGCAGGGACCGGGUCUUCUGCCCCAGGUGGCCUGGAUCACCUCAGGGGCUUGAGAGUUUUCUGCGUGGGAUGGGGGAGAAAUCUCAGGUCUGAGCAGGGGUCUGCUUGUUGUUGAACCUUUCAUGGCUGGCUUUCACUUCCUGCCACCUCCUUUCCCCCUCCAUGCCAUCCCCCACCCCUUUCCAAUCUCAUUUCUCUGUUGCUGUGAAAGUACCUCAUUUAAGCCGAUCACGUCUGUGUUGUCUUACUGAGGGGGGUGCAGUGAAGAGACAUGUAGCAUUUGCCUUACUCGGAGCCUGAAGAGCUCAAAAACUCAUGCUGUGAAUCCCAAAACAUGAUGCCCCCCUUUCCCCUGCUCCCCCCUCAGCUGUGAAAAUCAUGACACUUGGUCACACUUCUGCCUGAAGGGCACACUGGAGCUGGAGCCAACUUAGAAGAAUUGGGACAUCUGUUCUUGGGUCCCCCACCUUCUGCUAAGAUUGGCCUGUCUGUCCCACCCACGGGGGGAACGGGGUGCAGCCAGAGGUUGUGUGUGAGCUAUGGGGUGGGGGCUCUAGAGUUGCCCUCUCAGUCUCCAGGCAAUAAUUUGAUCUUUCGUUAAACACUCUCUAGAAAUAUAAAGAUCAACCUUUAGGCAGUGAUGCUUUUCCCUUGUCACUUUGAGGCAUGGGGAAGAUAGGCAAUUUUUUUUUCUUUAAUGCCUGUGGGAAAAUAUUUUUUAAAUUUUCUUCUGGUGUCUGUGAAAGGACCUAGGAUGUACCACGUUGUAGGUGGCUUUAUCCAAAGCAUUACAAAGAAUUGGCAGAAAGGGCCUUUCCUGGGGACCUUCCCUGCCAAGAGAACUGAACUCCUCAUGUCCAGUGAUUGGACAGGGGAGAAGGCUUCAGCUGCCUGUGAAAUCAGAGUUUAAUAUUCCAUUGAGCCACAAACCCAGCCCCCGAAGUUUUCUGGAUUUCCUGGUGGGUAGGGCGGGGGUAGGGUGGGGUGGGGUGGGGUGGGGUGGGGGGAGGUGCUGUGUAUUUCACAGCCCCAGCACAGGCUGAUGGUCAAAAUUGUUGCUUGAGCAUUUUCACAAGCCACCUUCCGGUGCUGCAUUUGACUUCUGGGUGACAUGUUCCAGCACCUCUCGUGCUGGACAGGGCCAGUAGCUGCCUGAAUAAAGUGUUUCUAUCUUAUCAUGAGAAAUAGUUCAGUGAAAUUUGUACAUUUUUGGUAAUAUUGGCAUCAAUCAUGCCCCUUGCAGUUUCAUUUCUGUUUGGUAGUUUGUGACUCUAAAAUUCCCACUGUUAUAUGUGUUAAUUUAUGAAAAUAAAAAAUUUUUUUUUUUUUUUUUGGAAAAAGUUUCAAAAAAUUCUCAGUCCAUGUGAUUCUUUCUUGUGGCUACAAUAGUAGACUCUGGGGGAAGGGGCAAAAUUGUUCAACCAUAAGAAUCUGAACCUGCACAUUCCAUUUAACAUCACCAAUUUUGUACCAAUCCUUCUGGGUGUCUCAGCUGGUUAGCCCUGUGUAGCUGUGAAGAUUUUCAUUAAUUUGACCUCUUGUGAAACCUCCCUCUGGGUCUGAGGUCAAUGGACCUUCCUUUCCUUCUCCCUGGUAAUCUAACUUCAACUUUGGUCUUCAGACACUGCUCAAAGUUAUUUAAUGGGUGAAGAAGCCAGACAACAGGCUGUGCCCCGACGUUCCUUAGUGCUUUGUACCUCAAUUACCUUGUAUUGAGUAUGCUUGCAUUUUGUUGUUACAUAUGUGUGCAAUGUAGCUUCCCACAAUCAAAGGUAAAUCUUGAGGUGGGGGACUGUUUGUUUUUAUAUCCAUAACUUAGGCACUUAAUGAAUGCAGAUUCCCUCUCUUCCUUUUCCUCCCUUCCUUCCUUCCUUCUUUCCUUCCACAGUGCUUGGUACACCAUAGGCAGUUAAUGACUGCUGAUUGAUUGAUUGAUAGGCUCAUAGAUUUAGGUCUGCAAGGGACCCUGGAAGUUCAUCUAGGCCAGGGCUAUGAGGUGAGGAGGUGAACAUUACACAAAGUCAACAAGCAUUUGAGUUUAAAAAGAAAGGCGCACACACUUCUUGCCCUCAAACAGCUUACAUUCUAUUGGGGAAGCAUACCACCAAUGAUGACACAGACAAAAUAAUUUGUGAACCAGAGGUAAUCUCAGUGGGGGGUCUUGGGAAAGGCAUCUUUCAGGUGGGAUCUAAAUUGAGACUUGGAAGGAAGACAGGAAAUAGAGUGCAGGAUGCAGAAUAUUCUGGGUAUAGGACCAGCCAUUGAAAGGACAUGGAGGGGCAGCUAGGUGGCGCAGUGGAUAAAGCAUUGGCCCUGGAUUCAGGAGGACCUGAGUUCAAAUCCAACCUCAGACACUUGACACUUACUAGCUGUGUGACCCUGGGUAAGUCACUUAACCCUCAUCGCCCUACCAAAAUAAAAAAACAAGAAAGAAGAAAGGACAUGAAGGUGGCAGAUGUAGCGUAUUGUUUGACAAACAUCAACAAGGCCAUUGUUACUGGAUUGUAGUUGGUAGAGGGGAAUAAGGUGCAGGCAAAUGGGGAAGGUCAGGUUUAAAAGCCCGACAGAAUUUUAUUUUUGAUCCUAGAGAUAAUGGGGCAUUGCUAGAGUUUAUUGAAUGGAGGGUGAGGGCACUAAGUGGAAGAGACAUUGGAGCAGGGACUAAUGAGGAAGAGCAACCCAGGGGUGGGGUGAUGGGGGCCUGCACUAGGGUGCUCAUCCUGUCAGAGGAAAGAAAUGAGGGAUUUUGCGAAGACAGAAUUGACAGGAUUUGACAAGUCAGCUGUGAAAGAAGGUAAGACUGGGGGCAGCUAGGUGGCGCAGUGGAUAGAGCACUGGCCCUGGAUUCAGGAAUACCUGAGUUCAAAUCCGGCCUCAGACACUUGACAUUUACUAGCUGUGUGACCCUGGGCAAAUCACUUAACCCUCAUUGUCCCACCAAAAAAAAAGAAGGUAAGACUUCUGAAAAAUGUCAGUGAAAAGACGCCACGUUACAGGUAUGCAGAAAGAGUGGGGUCGGGUUCUAUAGAUGUGUGGAGGGUGGAGAGUGUGGCUUGUUGGCUUUAUUGUCUUCCUUUAUUGAAUCUCAGUCUUGGUUUCCUUUGCCCUAUCUAAAGCUUCUGUCAACUGCUUUGUUGUUGUUUUGCCUUUUGGGACCUGUUUUCACGUGAUGUGUUUAGAGAGGGUCACCAAGUAUCCCCAGCCAUGAGCUCCCACUUGAUUCUUCAUGCCCAGCCAAGAGGUUAUAUACUGGACUGACAAGAAGCACCUCUGCUGCUUUCGACAGGGUCUAGGCUAAGUCCCACUCCAGGAGGCAACCUGGAGAUUCAGGAUGGACAGAUGCAUCACUGGGUGGCAGAGAGCUCACUAGCUAUGGAAAACCCAGGGGCAGGAGAAAAUCCAGAAGAGCAUAUGUCCCUUCUAUGCAAAGAUGGUAAUGGCUGGGGCAGCCAGGUGGCAUAGUGAGUAAAGCACCGGCCCUGGAUUAGGGAGGAUCUGAGUUCAAAUCCGGCCUCAGACACUUGACACUUACUGGCUGUGUGACCCUGGGCAAGUCAUUUAACCCCCAUUGCCGUCCCCUCCCCCCCCAAAAGAUGGUAAUGGGUGUUCAGCCCGAAAAGUGGAGGAAGAUGCUUGAAGAGAUGGGGGUCCUGACGCAGCUGCUGGGUCAGGAGCAAUAACCAGGAGGAGGCCAGAGGCUGGGAGUGGGGGACAUUAGAGACAGCAUCCCCUGGUUGCCAAGGAAAGGCUGGAAAAGCAUCACACCCUUGAUCUGAAUACGUUAAAUCUCCAGAUAUAAUGGUGGUGGUUUCCGAAAUAUCCAUUGCUCCUCCUCCUAUGUACACAGCAGACAACUUGAAUUUGAUUUCUUAAAUGUAUCAGAAUGCUGGUCUUGAUGAAUGUAAGUGCAAUCAUUAGCCAGAGAAGCUGGGUCACAAACUUGGGGGAGGAAUAAGAGCAAUGAUAAUGGCUGGCAUUAUAUAGCCCUUCAAUGUUUGCAAAAUGAUUUCCAUUCAAGCAGCCGGCAAGCAUGUAUAAAGCAAAACCAUGCCUGCUUUCAAGUUGCUGAUAGUCUAUCAGGAGAAACAACGUGUGCGUAUAGAAACAGAUACAAAUUAAAUCCAUUCUCUCAUUUUACCCUCAUGGGAACCUUGUGAGGGAGUUGCUGCCAGUAUAAGUAUAUACCCAUUGUACAAAUGUGACUGAAUCUCAGAGAGCCCAAGGAAGUUGUCCGCAAGGUCACAGAGCUAGUGUCUGAUAGGUGGGUUUUGAACUCAGAUUUUCCUAACUCCAAGAGUAGUCCUGAGGGAAGACCAUUUAGCUUUGGAAAGAGUAUGUUUGGAAAAGUUGCCAUUUCUUCCUAAUUGGGGGCCCGUGGCAUGUCAGAGCUGUGAAUAAUGCUUUGAUAACUCAUGGAAAACGGUAAUUUAGCUUUGUUUACAUGACUCAUGGGUAGUGUGAGGUGGGUACAUUGACAGUAAAGCCACCUUUUCUCCUGUCUCUGGAAAGCCAUUCCUUCACAUCCUAUUAAUAACAAUGAGGUCAUUGGAUAUAUAUAUAUAUAUAUUUUUUUGACCUGUUAAUAUAAUAGCACCUCAGAUCCACAGUGGUUGCGUCCUCUUGCUUUAAGGAGAUGAUAUUAAGUGAAAAGUUAGGCACACACUUACUAAGAGAAAAAUUCCCCACAUUAGGCUCGCCCCUGCCAUCUUUGAAGUGUAUGCUUAUCUCUAUCCUCAGCCGCUUCAUGGUUGAAGCAAAAUUGAGUAGAGAUAUUCACAGGGCAUGUUUAGUAUCUGUUCAUGGACGGGCAUCAAGAGGAAAAGUUGGAAAGAGCAGACCUGUCCUUAGACCUCCCAGCAGCCCUCAAAGAUGUGGGAAAACAGAUGGCUUUAGCCUGAAUCUUCUGCUAGUCUUCUGGCCCAGAGGGCAAAUGAUCUUCCUCCAGCCUCUGUUUUCCACCUCUGUUAAAUCCUGCAUAUUUUUUUUCUCCUUUCUCAUUUUGCUCCUGGCUCAGCUUUCUGUGGAGGAUUGUGCCCAGUGUUACUUCUGCUGUUCACCUGUUGAGGUUCCUAUCUCUUCCUCCCAGUCAGUUUCUCCCAGGCUUGAGUGUCUCUAUAAGAACUCCAAGCUGUGACUCAAUUCUAUCUUCUGUCUCAAAGAUUGAUAUAGUCCCCAGUCUCUUAAGGAGGAUGCUUGUCCUUGUGAACCCCAGAGUUCAAAAUGCCAGUCAGUUCUGAAACCCUUAUUACAUUCCUCCUCUAGGUUUCAAAUUUUGUAGUCCCUCACAGAAUUGAUUUCAGUUCAGAAUUAUCAAGUUACAUCCAUCAUUUGGCAGAACAAAGAUGGUUACCUUAGCAUCCCAGGUUAGUAAUUACCUUUGGGUUCCAUGUCCAGCAAAUAUACCAUGAUAAUACUUGCAAUAGGCCUAUUAAAAUACUGAACAUCUCUUGACAGAUUCCCUGAGACUUUAUGUCUAAUGGUCACACGCACUAUCUCAGCAAUACAUUUAUCUCUAUAUAAAAGAUAUGCCUGUUAGCCAAAAAUAAUCAAAAUUCUCACCAGCAGGCUAUAAAAACAACCCAAUAAUGUGUUCCUAUAUAUCAAAAUACAAAACAACAUAAAAUAAAUUGAGGUUCUCAGGUGAGUAGUGGGUGGAGGUGCUGUGGGAAGCUUGACCAAGACCAGAAGGUUUGGAACACGGUGGGAUAGCAAAUUGUUUAGGAAGAAGUAGGAUUGCCUUGCUGCAGUGAGCUCAGGUGGGAUUAAGCAUAAAUUUGUAGUCAACUCAGCACAGUUUUGUGAUUUCCUCUAGUUCUAUUCCUCACAUGCACUGGAGCAAUGGUAGGAAGAAUCUGAGGUUGGGAUUUGGCAAACAGGGAUUGGUGAUAGGGCAAGAGAUUUGAGAGGGUGAGGUAGGGUUGAAUUGGUUCAUAAAAAGGUCAAGAUGGGAAAGUGUAGCCAAUAGAAAGGUGGGAAAUGGCCUGGGAAAGAAUUAAGGGCAACUGAGUUCCCCUGUCUGGGCCUCAGUUUCCCCUUCUGUAAAAAGAUGGAUUGGGACAAAAUGAUCCCCGAGGUCCCUCCCAGUUCUAGAUCUAUGAUCCUGUGUUAAUCAAGCUUGAGUUAGACAGCAAGAUUUUAGAAUUUCAUUUAGAAAUUAAAGUGAGCAGAAGUGUCUGUAGAGUGCCAAAGGAAACACUGAAUCAAUUAAAGGUCAGUAGGAAAUCUGACAGGAGACCCAGCAGAGAAGAUCAUGAUGACAGAGAAAAAGAGUGAACAAACCAGAGGAAAGUUUGUAUCCUCUUGUGCUCUGGAGUAUGUUUGCGGUUAAACUUUGUGGAUCAGAGGGCAUGCCCUUUAGUUACUGCAGACUUUGGAUGCCAGUCGACCCAAAAGGGAGUGGUAGAAUGAGAAACGGGGCAGCUAGGUGGUGCAGUGGAUAAAGCACCAGCUCUGGAUUCAGGAGGACCUAAGUUCAAAUAUGGCCUCAGACACUUGACACUUAUUAGCUGUGUGA